GAACUGUGUUUCAUCAUAUUUGGUGCGUGAUGACGAAGGAAUUACCAAAAACUAAUCACGACGAUACUUCGAACCGCGACUUCGAUAGUGUCGAUACAGCGUUUAGAAAAAUCAAUAAGAACGCUACGAAUUUUUUAAUAUGGAAAAUAGAGAAUAUGAACGUCGCCGCAUUGCCAAAGGAUCAAUAUGGGAUUUUUCACUCAACAGAUUCUUACAUAAUUUACGCGUGUUCUUUAAAAGAUCAACCGUGCGGAUCGGAUACAGUGACCAGAGCAACGAAGGGCUGUUUAGAACGGCACAUACACUUUUGGCUGGGAUCGGAAACUCACCCGGACAAAUCGGGAAUCGCCGCUUACAAAACGGUCGAAUUGGAUAAUUUUUUGAAUAACCAUGCCACCCAACACAGGGAAACCGAAGGUUUCGAAACCUCAAGAUUUUUAAGUUAUUUCCAAAAAGGAAUCAAGAUUUUAAACCCAGAAUCGAUCGACGAUUAUCCAUUAUCCAAAUUAUAUAAAUUACGAGGUAAAAUAAUCAAAGAAAUGCCUCGAAUAUCGUGGGAAUUCUUCACUAGUUCCGAUAUUUAUUUAAUAAAAACCCCCGAUAUUAUAUUUAUAUGGUUGGGAAGGGCUUCCGACACGGUCGACAAAGUACACGCAGUCGCAGUGGCCGAAGACUUGACGGAAAAAUGUAAAACAACUUCUUUGGUGUUCGUCGACGACGGUUACGAAAAAACAUUGAAAAACCACGUCAAAAUGGAAUUCGACAAAUAUUUACCUUUAGAAAAAAGGUCGGUCCUACCCGAAAAUCGAGAAAUUCGCCGAAAAAAUCCACCCGCCAUCAAAUUAUACAAGUGCGUCGAAACUAACGCCAAAUACAGGGUGUCCGAAAUAAAAAUCGGUCCGAUAAAUCAACAAGAUUUGGAUUGUAACGACGUUUAUAUCCUGGAUCAGGAUUCGCGAGGCGUUUGGGUGUGGGUGGGUAGACUAGCGAACGAUAAAGAAAGAAGAGAAGCGUUGCGGAACGCGCGCGGAUUUGUAAAAAAGAAGAAGUACCCCGCGUGUACGCGAAUAACGAGAGUUGUCGACGGUCACGAACCGCAAGAAUUCAAAACGAUUUUUUCCCGUUGGAAAACCGAAAAUACAGUUGCGAAACCUUCGGUUUCGAAAUACGACGCAGUCGCGAUGGAAAAUCGACCGAAUAUGGCGGCCGAAACUCAAUUGAUAGAUGACGGUACGGGAAGUUUAACAAUAUGGCGGGUAAAUCGAAACGAAAUCAUCGAAAUACCCAAAGAGAAACACGGAAAUUUCUUCUCGGGGGAUUGUUACGUCGUUUUAUAUACUUAUCGAAUUAAUACCGAGCGAAAACAUCUUUUAUAUUGUUGGUUGGGAGCUCAAGCUGUACAAGAGGAAAUCGAUAAUGCGACGGCGAAAUUAACGGAAAUCGACGAAGAUCUCGGUCGAAUCGGUUUUCGAGCUAGAUUGAUCCAAGGGAGGGAAACUUCGCAUUUUUUACAAAUUUUCAAAGGGAAAUUGACGAUUUUCAAAGGAAGAGGAAUUGAUUUUGACGAAUCCGGUAGAAAUUUGAAGCAGCCUUCGCAGUACCUUCUCCAAGUUUACGGUUCGUCGACUUACAGUUGCAAAGCCGUCCAAGUGAGCGUCAAAGCGUCGACGUUCAAUUCGAAUUUUUGCUUUGUUUUGAAAAGAUCCAAAAAAACUUUCGUUUGGUCGGGCGGUUAUUCGACGGGCGAUCAACGGGAGAUGGCGAAAGGAUUCGCGGGGCCCGAUUUCGAACUGAUUUUGGAAGGAAAGGAACGCGAAGAUUUUUUUAAUCUGUUGGGGGGGAAAGUCCCCUAUUCCACUCAAAUUUCGAAAUUGGAUUUCGAUCCUAAACCGGCUAGAUUGUUCAGGUGUUCGUAUUCGAAUGGGGAAUUCAGAGCUGAAGAAAUCGUUUUUUUCAAACAAAGAGAUUUGGUGCCCGAACACGUUAUGUUUUUGGAUACGGACGCGUCCAUUUAUAUAUGGAUAGGAAAACUUAGUAGUAGAGAAGAAAGGAGGUUGUGCGCCGAAUGGGCUAUCGAAUAUUUGCAAUCAGAUCCCGCCGGUAGAGAUCUGAACAUAUCGAUGAUACAGAUCAAACAAGAACAAGAACCGCCGACUUUCAUCGGUUUCUUUCCUAUUUGGGAUAAAAAUCAUUGGACCAAUUACAAAACAUUUUCGAAAAUCAGACAAGACAUCGAAAUGAAAUCACCGAAUCGAGAAGGAAACGCCCCCGCCAACGGAUCCACGAACAAUGAAGGAGAAAGCGAAUUCGAUCGUUACGAGAAAUAUCCUUUGAAUAUCCUGAAGGAACCCAACGACAAAUUACCUCCCAGAAUCGAUCCUCUCAAUAAAGAAUUGCAUCUAACUCACGAUGAUUUCGUUUCGAUAUUCCAUAUGUCUUAUAAAGAUUUCGAAAAAUUACCGAGAUGGAAACAACAAGAAAUGAAAAAGAAAGCAGCUUUAUUCUAAUUAUUUAAAUAUUUAUUUAUCGUCAAUUUGUUAUCGUCACUUUAUAAUUAUUCUAACAAUUUACACAUUCAAAUAUAUUAUUUAAACUGUAA